GGCCGGUAACAAUUGGGGGCUCGUCGAGGGAUUUGCACAUCUCGUCUGGAACGGUUGUCAUAGGAACGUUGGAAUUCUGUGCCCAGUGUUUCAGGGAAGACUACUUCGCAAAGUGUCAUCCAGAGAACAGCUGCCACAGGUGAAACAUCAGCAUGACUACUGUAAGCCCACGGCGAGUGUUGCUCUUCAAGAUCCAAAAGAAGCUUUCAGAAUUGAGUUUUAGCCAGCUGCAGACUGUUGCAAGUUCGAUAGAUGAUGGCCGUGAAACUUAUGAUGUAGCAGAUCUAAGUGAACCCGAACUUUACGACCUAAUUGUCGACUAUAUCAGAAGUGAGGAGUUAAAAGCUACAGAAGAUGAGGGCAUGACUCAACUCCUCCUACUUUCUGACCUACUUAAUGACGUGCUAUCAGCUCCAGGAGCCAGAGACGCCGAAGCUGGUAAUGUGGCACCUGUCCUGAUGGAAGAUUCACCAACACAGCACGAGGGUCACACUCCAACUGAUGACAAUGGAGAAGUUCGCACUCAAUCGUUACACAUGGACAGAGACACUCGCACUCAAUCGUUACACAUGGACAGAGACACUCGCACACAAUCGCUACACAUGAACAGAGAGACUGGCAUACACUCAUCAUUUCAGGGCAGAGACACCUAUGCACUUACCAGAGAAGUCACCUCAUCAACGCCUGGUAUGCCCAACCACAUUGGUACUCCUCCUUUGGGUAGGAUGAACUCAUCUAACAUUUCUGACCAUGUUGUAAGAUUGUCUGAUGUUUCAGCUUUGUUACCACGUAGAGAGUUUAGGUUACAUGGUGGUCAAAUUUGUGAUGCAGGCUGUGACAUGUCUUUUAAUUGUCUCUGUAAGCAAAUGGAUGAAGGGUUGCAGGAGGGUUUUAGUGAGUCUGAGAUUAUCAGAGCUGUCCUUAAGAUAACAAAACCUGGUACAUUCAGAGAGAUGUUGGUAAAUAAGGAUGACCUCACUAUUGAAGGGUUGAAAAGAUUUCUGCGCUCUCACAUUAGAGACAAAAAUGUAACUGAACUUUUUCAAGAACUAACUAGUGCUAGACAAAAUGACAAAGAAAGCCCACAACAGUUUCUUUACCGAAUAAUGGGUCUAAAGCAGCGUGUUCUUUUUGAGUCACAACAACCUGGUGUAGGUUUUAGCUAUAACAAAGAGCUCGUUCAGGGCACUUUCAUGCACACUCUUUAUCAGGGGUUAAAUGAGAGAAACGGCCAUGUCAGGCGUGAUCUUAAACCUUUUCUCUCAGACAUGCAGGUUAGUGAUGACUUGCUCUUGGAACAAAUAACAAAAUCAACAGCUGAGGAAGAAGGGCGAUUGAAAAGACUGGGUUCAGUAGGUAAAAACAGACCAGUUACUGUAAGCGCAGCUCAGCAUUUCCAAAGUGAACUGAACACCCAAACAAAAGUUGACGCUGAGUUACAAGCAAACCGUGAUGCUAUCAAAGAAUUAACUGCUCAAGUUUCUUCUCUAACCAAGCAUCUAGCCCAGAUGUCUACCCCCACUGAGGCUGUGAAGCAGAAAGACUGCCACUCACCUACUGAUCGCACACAACCACCGUUAUCUGAGACCAGAGGUAAAUGCAAUGACUGUGUACAAAACAACAAUACAAACUGUGUUCACUGCUUUGUUUGCGGCCAGGCAGGACAUCGCGCUAUUGGCUGUCUCCAACGAAGGUUGUCGGGAAACGGGAAGAGGUCGCUGGAGAGGGGCAGCCAGCGAUCCUAAGCGGUGAUG